GCCCGAAGCAGCGGCACUACUCUGCUACACGCUCCCGGAAGUUCUGCCUCGCGCCCCGGAAGCAAUUCCUCAGGCCGCGGGCGUGCUCCGCCUCGCGUUUGGUGUGAGACGUAGAACUGAGCGACCAAAGCCGCGAACGAGAUGCCGGUGGCCGUGGGGCCCUACGGACAGUCCCAGCCGAGCUGCUUCGACCGCGUGAAGAUGGGCUUUGUGAUGGGCUGCGCAGUGGGCAUGGCGGCUGGGGCGCUCUUCGGCACCUUUUCCUGUCUCAGGAUUGGAAUGCGGGGCCGGGAGCUGAUGGGCGGCAUCGGGAAAACCAUGAUGCAGAGUGGAGGCACCUUUGGCACGUUCAUGGCCAUUGGGAUGGGCAUCCGAUGUUAAACAGGGCAAUGGUUGUCCACUACAGCUACUCCUUCCCAUCAGUGCCAGCUCAUGUACUAUAAUAAAAGAAAUCUUUUGAGUAGUGAGUGUUUUUUCUUCUGACUUGCCUAUAUUCAGCUUAGAGCUUCUAAGGUGGGCCAAUGAGUAGGUUGCAUGUUUUUCAAAUCCUGUUAAUCCAAAAUUACAAAAAUUUUCCAUACAUGAACUGUCCAUAGAUUCUAGUAAACUCUUGUUAUUCAGCCUCAUAAGGUUGAUGUUACGGUCACCAUUUUAAAGGUUAAAAACUAAGUCCAGAUUUCCUCAAGGUCACACUGCAAAAGGUAGUGUUAACCCAAGUCUCAUUUCCAAAGCUAUGUUCACUCAAAAAUUGUCCUUCGGGGCACCUGGGUGGCUCAGUCUGAGUGUCCCGACUUCAGCUCAGGUAAUGAUCUCACAGCUUGUGAGUUCGAGCCCCGCGUUGGGCUCUGUGCUGACAGCUCAGAGCCUGGAGCUUGCUUCAGAUUCUGUGUCUCCCUCUCUGCCCCUAACCCACUUGCAUUCUGUCUCUGUCUC